AUGUCUUUUCGUGGCCGAGGAGGGGGCCGUGGUGGUGGCGGUCGAGGUGGCCGUGGCGGUUUUCGAGGCGGAGGUCGUGGCGGUGGAAGGGGAAAUUUCCAACAGAGAGAUUUUGGGCCUCCCGAUUAUGUUACAGGUAAUGGUAGACCUUACUCCUUGGUUAGAAAAUUAUUUUCUGAGCGCCUACUCUACUUAGUAAGCUGUAUCGCUGGUUCAUAUACCAGCUUUAACUAGACUAGUAUGAGUUACUUAGAUCAGAGUUCACUCUAGUGAACCGAAGUUCUGCAAACACUCGUUUGCAAUCGAUAGUGAUGAUUCUUAGACGUCUGAUAGAUUGCAGUGGAUUUCAAAUUUAAUCGAUCAUAAAGGAAAAUAAAACUUCUCCAGCAAGCAAUCAUCUGUAGAAGCUGUAAUUACAUAGAAUUGUAUUUAUGCAUUUGUGCUUGGCCACUACGUGUAAAAGUAGGAUGAUUUUCACUUAAGCCUUAUCCUAAAAUGAUGGGAGGCAUUUCAGCCAAAUGAAUUAAGUGUAUGAACAAGUCAAGUUUCACAUCCAGCUUGGCAUGACGUGGCCUUCAUAGUAUUAGGGAACCAGGCCUGGGUUGUUUGAAGAGUGGAUAAUGCUAUCCACUGAAUAAAUCUCUUUCCAGUGGAUAGCACAGUAUGUUUUUUUAACACUUAUCCACUGGAUCAUCAUUUGUCCUUAGGAUAGUGUCAUCUGCCCUUGAAGCAACUGGGUCCAGGUCCUGGUUGUUCAAAGGUUGGAUAUUGCUUUCCAUUGGAUAAAAUUCUCUCCAGUGGAUAAUGCUAUAUAGUUUGGUAUCGCUAUUCUGCCAGCAAUUUAUCAGUUGGAUAGCAUUAUCCAGCCUCUAGGCAACUGGGUCCAGGAGGUUUCCUACUCCUCUUGGAAGACAUCUGGGGAGGGGUUACUUGGGUUGAUUUUUGCUGGGUAUGUGCAGCUGGCCUCUCAGAACCUGUAUCCCAUCGUAGUCUGAUUUCUGGCCAAUUGAAGACCCUGUCUUAGUCACUUUUGGACAAAUGUAACUUUAGUGAUCCCAACUUGGUCACUUUGGUAAUAACUUUGUAACCCCAAUUCUUCCCAUUUCAAAUCCAUACCUUCUAAAUCCUAAAAAUUUGCAACCCCAUUCUAAUUGCUCUGUUCCAAAUGCAACCCCAUUAUAGUCAAUACAGUUGUGGUAAAUGUGACGUUAUCCUGAGGGACAUCUCCAUUAGUCAAUUACAAUUAAGUAAUCCCCCUGGAGAAGGGAUGCAGCUUCCCUCGUCUCCCUUAAAAGCAUCUGCAUUUGAACAGGUAUCUUCCACCUUUUAAUUGUGGUACCUAUGAUCACUCCUUAGUAGAGAGAGAGACAUUAUAAGGGUGAAAUGACUCUCUGAAGAACACAGCAGAAUGAUGCACGAGGGCUCAAACAUGGAACUCUCAAUAAAGGGGUUAACUCUAAAGUUCUCAGAAGUGGUUAACAUGUAACUUCUCCCCAUGAUAUCUUUGUAAUAUCCAGCAACUAGUGAUGAGAGUACUCCAAUGUAUCAAGUGAAAGUUGUUAUUUUGAUCUAACACCAAAUUCCUGUAACUAAUUCGUAAGGAAAUGUGUAGCAGCUAAAGGGGAGAAAGAAGAAUCAGAUCUUGGGAGUUAAAGGGUUAAGUGCAUUGACCCCAAAAACCAUCCUUCUCCUACAUGACAACAGAGUGGAUUCAAUUUCAAUUUCAAUUUUUUUCAAUUUUGCUAGAUAACUAAGAUAUUGUUUUUGUUUUUCGCAGAGCUUGGACAUGUGCUCCACACUUGUGAAGGAGAUUUAGUGUGUAAAUGUACAAAUGAGAAGAUUCCAUACUUUAAUGCUCCAGUGUACUUAGAAAACAAGUCACAGAUUGGCAAAGUAGAUGACAUAUUUGGUCCAAUGACAGAAUUUGUAUCCUUGACCUAAUUGCAUAAAAAUAGUGAUACUUCAUCUCUUUAGCAUACAUCACCUUAAAAAAUUUUAAAGUUUCCAACAAUGUAAGCCAUAGCCCCAUAGCAGUCAAGUAAGAAAGACUGAUACAAGUAAAUAAACAGAAUCACUGCCUUGGUGAACCCUUUACACCCUAACAUCAGUAGACAUAUUCUCCAUACUGUUCUCUAUACAUUUCCUAAGGUGCUGACAAGGAGAAUUUGUUUAACAAUGCGGACCUUCUAUUGUUGGUGAUCAUUUCCUUUUUUCUUGUGACCUUUAUGUGUGAUUUGGGGGGGAUGUUGUGAGGAGAAAUUAGAUGCUGGUCACUCUCAGGGGCUAAACAGUUCAGCAAUGAUUCUCCAAAGUGAGCUGCGAUUUAAGAAAUUGCAGAGAAGAAGCCCGAAAAAAAAACCAUUCAGGCUUGGACAGGAUUUAAACCUGUGCCUCCCAGAUACUAGUUGAGUGCUACUACUAACUGAGCUAUGAUGCCAUGAAGCCACAUCUUGAGAUUGAGGCACAUCUUAGAUGGUCCUUCUAUCCCAUGGAGGAAUCUGAUUAGAAUGUUUAUACUGAAAUAAAUUUUGCUUGACCUGUGGAUGAGACGGGCUGCAAUUCACGCAAUUUUGAAAAAACUAUUUUUAUUUUCCAUGCUAUUUGGAAAUACAUGGCAUUUUUUUCUUGGGAUAGUAUCUUCUCUAUCUCACAGUUUUAAAUUUGUAUCAUUGAAAGUGUUGGAACUCCUCAUAUAGAUGAAUAGAGCUAUUACAAAAAGAAAUUUCAUUUGAGAGUUUUUCUUAACUAUGUGUUUGUUAUAUAGUAUUUCUCAGUGAAGGUUAACACAGAUAUGAAAGCUUCCUCAUUUAAAAAAGAUCAAAAGGUAAGGAAUGUUAAAUAGAGGGUUCAGUUCUUUGCCAAGAGUUAACUUUUGCCACUUGAUCACGAAAAAAGGGUUCCUGUGACUUGUAAUCAAAGAUAUAAUGGAACCCUGAUUACUCAAUCUCUCAAGGCAAACAACAUGGUUCAAGUUAUUGGGAAUUCAAGUUAUCUGUAGUUGAAUCCUGUUAAUGAUUGAUAUAAAGUAAUCUAGUUUUUACCAUUUUUUGCACAAUCAACAGAGCUUUAUUUUAUAAAGACAUUUACUUUGGGAAAUUUAGCUUACAGAUAAUUUAUUUCAUUUUUAUGAUGUUAUCACAUUCCUAUCAGUGAAGAUUAAGGAUGGGGAUGUGUCAAUCAGCUCUGUUCUGACACUUAGACAUUUAUGGACCAAUGUUUUUACUUAAAGUAUGAUCAAGUUAUCAGGGUAAAUUUGAGUAAAGGGAGAGUAAAAUGAGUUUGAGUUUAGAGGGGGAUUUGAGUUAGCUGAUUGUAAAUGACUGAAAAAAACAGAGUACGAAAUCCAAAGGAAAUUGGAUCUUGUUUGAGUUAGUGGGGGGUUUAAAUUUACUUGGAAUGAGUAAGUGAGGUUCUACAGAAUAUUUUUCAAUUUUAUGUCUGCUUCUUUUUAGUUCUUUAUCGAUCCUAUGAAACUGCUACCUCUUGCCAGAUUUCUCCCUAAACCUCCUGGCCAGAAAGGUAUGUUAUCUUCUAUGACACAUAUGGCAUUCAAUUGAUUUCUAAUGCAUCACUGAGGUGCAAAAUUUGAAUUUUUUUUAAAAGAAGUGUCCUGUUUUAAAUUAGUUGUCGGGGCAGGACACUCUGUUAGUGUACAUUAGUUAAGGAAGAAUUAUGGAGUUUUUUUAGUGUUCAUGAAAUGGGAGAUACAACAGCCUAAUGCUUUGCAUACUGGACUCCAGUCAAGAGGUCUGCAUGCGAGAACUGGCUGGGUCAGUGUUCUUUGGCAAAACACUUACCUUCCACUUUGCCUCUCUCCGGCCAGGAGUAUAAAUGAGUACUGGUCAGGGAAGCUGCAUCAAAUUCUUGGGGGUAACUAGCAUCCCUUCUUGAGGGGAGUAGUGAUACUCUUAGUCACUUCAUGUGAAAGAAACCAGGAUAAGCUCCAGCUGGAUGAGCUACUGGGCUUGAGUAAGGACUUUACUUUAGAAUACUUGCAGUAGAAAGGAUAUUGAGCCUUAAGGGAAGUUGUGUUUUGUCAGUAACAUUGAGAUAUGGAUCAAUCCAUGUCCAUCUUUGUUGUAGUCUUAUUAUGACUAGCAUUAUUUGUGAUUUCUCUCUUCUAGGACCCCCAGGUGGUGUUGGAGGUAGAGGAAGAGGUAAGUCAGACUCACUUUCAUGACAUAAUGACUUCCUAUUUGUGUCAGUUUUGUUAAUUUUUCUGCUGCUUAAAUCUUUGUUUUUGUUUUUAAAUUUCAGGUGGCAGAGGAGGUCGAGGUGGUGGACGUGGUAGAGGAGGUGGUGGUGGCUUUCGCGGAGGUGGCAGAGGUGGUGGAAGAGGUGGAGGAAGAGGUGGAGGAGGACGAGGUUUCAGGGGUGGUGGUGGAGGUUUUAGAGGUAAUGGCUACUGCAUUUAG